AUGCAGAUCGGUCAGGCAGCGCAGGCACACGCAGCAGAGGCUCGGCGCCUGCAUGCCGCUGCGGCAGAGAUCCAGGCUGCUCACCUGGCCGACGACGCCCCGUACUACAUGAAUCACACGGGUCUGGACACCAUGAGCAUGCACGGGCAAGAGGAAUGCGGGCCCCGGGAUUGCAUGGAUUGCGCUUGGGCAGAGAAUGCGACGCAGUCGACGAAUGCAGAGUCCCCGCAAUCGUUGUCUCUGCGACUGCAUGCUUGGCGGCGGAAGCCACGCAGGGCCAUUCGCGCCUUAAGUGCUGGCUGGGUGGAUGCUUGCAAGAUUCUUCAGGCUCUCCUGCAGGGCGACGUUCAGACAAAUGUGUUUCACUUCAACGCGGUGUUGGGUGCUGUUGGUCGGACGCAGCGAUGGCCGCGGGCACUCCAGAUGCUGUGCAGCAUGCUACAUGCAAAAACUGCCGACUUGGUCAGUCUGAACACCGUCAUUCAUGCCGGCGAGAAGAAACAGUGGCAGAUGGCGCACUCACUCCUCUGCUUGCUGCAAGAUCUCGGUGGUGUACCAAACACCAUCAGCUACAACAGCUGUAUUAGUGCAUGUUAUGGCGUCGCUUGGCCCCGUGCUCUGCAUCUUGUGGAUUCGAUGGUCUCUUGCACCGCAACCCUUGAUGUGAUUACAUACAACUCUGUCGGCCGUGUAUGUGGCAUCGGCGACUGGAAACGGUCAGCAGCUUUUUUGCAGAAGCUGACGUCGAAGGUAAUCUUGCCAGAUGCCAUCAGCUACAACACCGUUGCAAACUCUCUGGAAGACGGUCGCUGGAGCCGGGCCUUGGCAAAUCUACCUCGCAUGCGGCGGGCUGCCUUGCGACCCAGCUCGGUGUCCUUUGGCACACUCAUGAAGCUUUGCAAGGACUGGGAGCUGGCAUUCGGCACCUUGGCAGUCAUGCGCAGUGCCGCAGUUCCGUUGACCAUCGUGGUGUCUGGGAGCGCAAUCGCAGCUUGCUUCAAGCACGCGCUGUGGACAGCUGCUUUGCAGCAGCUCGCCACACCGGGACGGCGCGAUGCCUCAGAGGUUGUUUGCUACAAUGCUGCCAUGACGGUUUGUGGGCAGUCCCAGAAGUGGAGAGCGGGACUUCGACUAUUUCAGAGGAUGGGGGAGUGUCGUCAGAAGGAGACUGCCGUCACAAAGUCCGCUUUUUUCCUGGUGGCCGGGGAGCGGCUUGGCCGCUGGCGCCAGGCUGUGGACAAGGGCCUGCGCAGGAUGAAAGGCACCACAGCCCUGGCACCCAGGAUCAUUGCAUGCAGCAGUGCCCUGGGAGCCUGUGAAGACUCCGAGAGGUGGGCAGAGGCUUUAGAUGUCCUUCGGGGUAUGAAGACAGAUGGCCUCUCGCCAAAUGUCUUCAGCUACAGCAGUGCAAUCAGUGCCUUGGAAAAGCGUGCACGGUGGGUUCUGUCACUGCAUCUCUUGGACCGGAUGGAGGAUCAGGGCGUGGCACCCAACGAAGUCAGCUACAGCGGCGCCGUGGGUGCUUGCGAGAAAGCUGCCUCUGGCCGUGACUUGCAAGCUGAACUACCAGAACGCUUCCUACCUUUGGAUCUAGGCCAGCUUCUUGGAGUUCAGGGUUCGCUGGGUCCACAGCCCAAACCGCUUCGGUCAGUCGCGUCUGCAGCCGGGCGCCUUUGCUCCCUUGCUGGUCAAGAUACGGAGGAGAUGCAGCCAGAGGUGGUUCCCCUUGCACCGCUGAGCCGGCCUCGUGCAGAUGAGCCUGUUCAGAUCAAUCUGCACAGCUUGCGAUCUCUGAGUGGCAACAACCUGGUAGGGAUGGCCGAGGACACAGACAAUGAUGGUCUUGGUUU